AUGUUUAACUACGAAAGUAACGAUGAAUAUACAAUUAGUUCAGAAGAAGAAUUUCGUCGUGAUUACUUUUUGAUUCUAAUUGACCGUGCUACGGAAGCAUUGAGAGUACGAUUUGAGUACCAGAGCACAUUUAACUCCAAUUUUGGAUUUUUGUACAGAAUUGGAAGACUUAAACAUCAAAAUGAUGAUUUCAUUAAAAAUGGUUGUAACGAUUUGCAAAACGUAUUGAGUGAAGGCAAUUCUAGAGAUAUAAAUGGUGCAGAUUUAUACAUGGAACUUCUUAUUUUUCGAAGUAUAGUAGACGAAAACGCAACACCCCUGCAGGCAUUAUCUUUUUUAAAAAACGUUUCUAGUUCAUUUCCAAAUAUAGAAGUGGCAAUAGAAUAUUGCUCACCAUACCUGCAGUUACAUCAGCUGGUGCUGAACGUUCAUUCUCUAAAUUGA